AUAUAGUUACAUUUGUACACACUCUGAAAGGAAAGGAAGGAUACUCAACAGCCUCUCUCUCUCUCUCUCUCUCUCUCUCUCUCUCUCUCUCUCUGAGAUUGCAGCAAUGGAGGUGUUCUACUACCUCGUGUUCGGGGCUCUGGCGUUUGUGGUGGCAGCUCUGGAGCUGAGCAAGUCCAACAAAGAUCGCGUCAACACCUCUCCGGCUUUCAACUCCUUCAAGAACAAUUACCUCCUCGUCUACUCUCUCAUGAUGGCUGGGGACUGGUUGCAGGGUCCAUAUGUUUACUUCCUUUACAGUCAAUAUGGAUUUGGGAAAGGGGAGAUUGGCCAGCUGUUCAUUGCUGGAUUUGGGUCCUCGAUGUUAUUUGGAACAAUUGUUGGAUCACUGGCUGACAAACAGGGUCGAAAGAGGGCUUGCGUGACCUACUGCAUAACAUACAUUUUGAGCUGCAUCACCAAGCAUUCUCCUCACUAUAAAGUUUUGAUGUUGGGGCGUGUUUUGGGAGGUAUCGCCACUUCUCUCCUAUUUUCAGCAUUUGAGUCAUGGCUUGUUGCAGAACACAACAAGAGGGGAUAUGACCAACAAUGGUUAUCAGUGACAUUCUCAAAAGCAAUAUUUCUUGGCAAUGGUCUUGUUGCCAUCCUAUCUGGUUUGUUUGGAAAUAUACUAGUUGAUGCCUUGAGUCUUGGGCCUGUGGCUCCUUUUGAUGCUGCCUCAUGCUUUCUAGCAAUUGGUAUGGUCGUAAUUUUGUCAUCUUGGUCUGAGAACUAUGGUGAUACUUCAGAGAGCAAGGACUUGCUUACCCAGUUCAAGGGUGCAGCUGUGGCCAUUGCUUCUGAUGAGAAAAUUGCAUUGCUGGGCGCAAUACAGUCUUUGUUUGAAGGUUCAAUGUACACAUUUGUGUUUCUUUGGACUCCUGCUUUGAGCCCCAGUGAUGAGGACAUUCCCCAUGGUUUCAUCUUUGCAACUUUCAUGUUGGCUUCUAUGUUGGGAAGCACCAUUGCAUCUCGGCUAAUGGCUCGCACAUCAUUCAAAGUUGAGAGCUACAUGCAGAUUGUUUUUGUAAUCUCUGCAGCUUCUCUGACGCUUCCCAUUUUGACAACAUUCUUGGUUACUCCUCAAGUGAAAGGUGGAAGCAUCUCAUUCGCAGGGUGUCUUCAGCUUCUUGGCUUUUGUACCUUUGAGGCUUGUUGUGGAACAUUCUGGCCAUCCAUCAUGAAAAUGAGAUCUCAAUACAUUCCUGAGGAGGCCCGAAGCACGAUAAUGAACUUCUUCCGCAUUCCUCUGAACAUCUUCGUCUGCAUCGUGCUGUACAAUGUUAAUGCAUUUCCAAUCACCGUUAUGUUUGGAAUGUGCUCAAUUUUCCUCUUUGUGGCAUCCAUAUUGCAGAGGCGGCUCCUGGUGAUUGCAGACAAGCCAAGUAAGUAUCCACGUCUUGGAAAAUACUGUGAGAGUACCACCCUUGAUUUUAGUAACUACCACUUAUGAUUUUCUCAAUGCAAAUUGGUGGGUUACCUGUGCUAACCUGUUAACCUCUUAAAUCUUAAUGGCAGUAGUACCCAUAUGGUCUCCUUGGAAUGCUGAACCUUGAGAAUAAAUAUGUCCAAAUAUUAUUUGAUGGCCAUGUGUUUUUAUGGGUUAUUUUUUCUUGUGCUCAUCAAUGAGUGUCUUCAUUUCAGAGACUGGAGAUUGGACUGCAAUGAAGGAAAGGGAUGCGGAGUCAGAGCCAUUAAACGACUGAUCGAUGUCAAGGAAUCAGUCAAAAGACAGGCCAAAGAAAUUUUUGCAACUGCCUGAUUCAAAAAUUGCCGCAGCUGGGGUUAGAAUGGCAUAUUCCAUUUAAUAUGGUCACAAUGUAUCAGAAAAUUAGUGAUCUGCCCAUUAAUGGAGAAGGGUGGAGCAAGGAAGGGGGUUAUAAUUGGUUUUUUUCUUUGUUUCCUGGUUUUUUGGUUUUUUUAUUAAUCAUAAAGUAGCACAUAGCAUAUAAGUAUCUCUGCUCUGCUCAUGCUCAAGCUCAAGCUCCAAGCUCAAGCACUUUAGCUGCUAUACAAUGUUGUUUUUUGUAAUUUGAUUAUUAUUAUUCUUUGUUAAUCUGGGUCCCGAGCAUUAACUGUUGUAGUCUUGGUCCCCUAUGGACAAUUUUGUGUCCUGCACCUCUUUCCUUGAACUCUUUAAACUAUGGUAAUUAAGGUGGGAUAAUGAUUUUCACUUC